AUGAGUAGCCCGAAGCGCAGAAUCGAGACAGAUGUCAUGAAGUAUGCUCUGAAAGUCCAAAAACAUCCAAAAUAUACGGCUACUAACCUUCCGCUAGGAUUUAUGGAUCUAUACGCUGACUUUGGAAAUCUAGUGCAAGAAUUCUACGUUCGAUUCAAGGGCCCGGACGAGACACCUUUCACCGGAGGCCACUGGAAAAUCCACGUCGAAUUGCCUGAUCAGUACCCAUACAAGAGCCCAAGCAUCGGAUUCGUCAACAGAAUCUUCCACCCAAACAUCGAUGAGUUGUCCGGCUCAGUCUGCCUUGAUGUGAUCAACCAGACCUGGUCGCCGAUGUACGAUAUGCUCAACAUCUUCGAGGUCUUUCUUCCCCAGCUUCUCCGUUACCCCAACCCUUCGGAUCCUCUCAACGGAGAGGCAGCAGCGCUCAUGAUGCGGGAACCCAAGGCAUAUGAGGCAAAGGUGAAGGAAUAUGUUGCCAAAUACGCUAGCAAAGAAGCUGUCGAUGAAGCAGACGAGGACACCGAGUCUGAGGAUGAGCUAAGCUCGGCAGGAAGCUACGAAUCUGGCGGCGAAGAGCCCGCUGGCACUAUGGACGAUGUCUAA